UUGAUAGCGGAGGGAGUCGUUUUAGCUCUGGGUGCAUGCAAAGUUUCCCAGAAGGACCGCGAACGCACCAACGUUAUUACGGUCAUCCAAAAUGGCGGAUCCGACAACGUCGCCCGAGGACCACGGCAAGCACUCAGACGUGGCGUUCGGCGAUGGCGUCUUUGACCCUGUUCUCUUUGCCGAUGCGGCCAGGACGGGGAGCCUGGUGUCCAGGGCCAACAGUAUCAGCUCAACAAGUGCCUCCUCAGUACCAAACACAGAUGAUGAGGAUAGCGACUGCAGGCAUGAGACGUUAUACAAGAAUUCCUGCAAAGAUCGGCGGAGGCAAGCGCACACGCAGGCCGAGCAGAAGCGGCGUGACGCCAUCAAGAAAGGCUAUGAUGACCUGCAGUCUGUUGUUCCGACUUGCCUGCAGUCUGAAUUUGCUGUGGGAGCUCAGAAGAUCAGCAAGGCCACCAUCCUGCAGAAGACCAUCGAAUACAUCAAGUUUCUUCACAAGGAGAAGAAAAAGCAGGAGGAGGAAGUUUCCCGCCUAAGGAAAGAAGUGACCGCGCUGAAGAUCAUGAAAACGAAUUAUGAGCAGAUUGUGAAGGCGUACCAGAGCCAUCCGCAGCAGGGUGCGAACCAGGUGUCGGACCAGAUCAAGUUCAACAUCUUCCAAAGCAUCAUGGACUCGCUUUUUUACUCCUUCAGCAGCUCAGUGUCCGUCAAUAGCUUCCAGGAACUGUCGGCCACCGUGAUCAACUGGAUCGAGGAGCGCUGCAAGCCACUGAUGCUGAAGGAAUUUGUCGUCGGCGUGCUACAGCAGAUCAACGGCCAGCUCUACUGACGCGAGCCGUGACGCCACAUGAUUGUGUAUAUAUGUUAGUCGCGGGGGGCACACUUGAUGUUUGUCUGAUUUUUGACGAUUUGAGCCGUUUUGACAAUUGCGAUAACGUGUCCUUAGACAAAGCAGUCAUGUUUUCAAAAGCUGACAGCGGAUUAUGUGAAAACGGAAACCUCGGGAUGUUACCGAGAUGAAGAGGGUGUGACUUUUCUCGCUCAGGGCUCACUCUCUGCUCAAAGAGAUUCUUUGCCAGAAGUUGUAGAGAUUUUACUAAAUUGUGCCGAUGUGCCUAAUAUGGCCAGUGAGUGUACAUAGACAAUGUUAAGUCCAUAUUGAUGGCUUAACGACAUCAGCACCGAGAGAAGCCGCUGCCUUGGUACAGGACAAUUCAAACAAACUUUUCCAGGGCGCGAGAUUUUCCAUAUUAUGUGAACUAUCAAACGACAAGCACUACAAUCUCCACUAGCUGCUUCCACACCGCAGUCCCAGUAAAUUUGCACGUCAGAGGCGUGACCGUAAAGCCCGCAUUUAUUUGCCUGUUCCGUUCAGUUGUUGCUCAAAGCAGUAAGAUGUUGGGAGUAUGUCCAGGGCAGCUUCUGGCAUCAAGAUAUGUGAUGUCAGCACGACAAAAGGGGGCUUGGACAUACUCUCCUUUCGAUCUAGCGCCGAUCAGCCCGUUCCGUUACGCCUCUGAUACUACCUCGCAAGCCGGCUAAUUCCCACGCCGACUUCAUCCCGCAUCGGUACCUUGCAAACAGGUAACCGAGCAAGUUAAAGGGUGUUCGUUGCCAGUUUGUAAGGGGCUAGGCUGUCUUUUGUACAGAAAACUAGGAUGUGAUUUGUAAAUAAAUGGCGGGGAGCUAAUUGUCCC